AUGCAGAAAUGUAAAGCCACUCCUCAUAGUGGAGUUCGACCCAGAGUGAAAUCCAGCAGUUCAACAAUCUCUGAAAUUUUAUCUGCAGAUAUUCCGUCAUGGCCUAUUUUAAGCAACGCCAAUAUCAAUAAUUUAUUAUGCUUAACCGGUGACAUUAGAAAUUUAGUAGAAAUUAAUAUUUCUGCCCAACAAAUAAGGAGAAUCGAUAUUUCUCUCGACCUCCCAAAUUUGAGGGACCUCGAUAUCUCUUGCAAUCGGUUAUCAUCAUUGCCAAAUAUUGAAAUACUGAAAAAUGUUGAAAAUCUGAAUAUCAGUUUGAACAAACUUCGGAAUCUGCAAAUCGACGAGAUUCUGCCACGAUUAAAGCACUUGAACAUUUCAUGGAACGAGUUAAACAAAUGUCGAGAAUGUUGUCGAGCAUUUGGAGAUUUUAUGCCAAAUCUUAGUCGACUCAAUUUUGAAAAUAAUCCUUUCAAGGAUAUCAUCGAAUCCGAGAGGGUGAUUAUGACUGCGGGGAUUUAUUUAAAACAAUUACAAUACUGCAACGAAACUGCAUUACAAGACGUUAGAUUAAUUGCAGAAGAAGAGUUCCUCAGCUUGGAAAAUAUUUUCGAAUAUUUUGGAGCUUCGGAAUUCCAAGACCUUCCCGAAUCCGAAUUUAUUUCCGAAAUUAAUAAGGGCUUGAAAUCCCCUCCGAGGAUUAAUUUCCCAAAAGUGAAACUUUUAAAUCUGAGUGGCAACUCAUUAACUACGUGCGAUUUUUUGCACAAUUGUUGCUCACUGCAAUGGUUCUGCAUGUCGAAUAAUCUUCUUGAGAAGGUGUCAUUAGAGGAGCCAUUGGCUCGGCUCUCGAAAUUAAAUUUCAGUGGAAAUUUCAUUUCAACCCCGGAAGGGUUGACACAGGCUAAUCUUCCAGUUUUGAAGUACUUGGAUCUCACCCAUAAUUUAAUUACGUCUUUAUUGCCGAUGGGAAGUUAUAUCAGCUUGAGAGAAUUCUACUGCUCCCACAAUAAAAUCAGCAACCUCGAGAAUAUAUAUAAUUUAAAGAGCUGGGAUGGAUUAAAAGUUAUUGAUUUAUCCCGCAAUCCAAUCAAUCCCAUUAAGCUGUGUAAAAGUUUCCUCGUGUAUCAUCUGUCUACCCUGGAAUUUGUUUGCGGAAAGAGGGUCCUGGAAGCGGAUGUUGUCGAAGCAAAUACUCUAUUCGGAGGACUGUUAGAUAAAUGUACACUGGUAGCAAUGCACAGUACCAGUUAUCUCUCAAGCAUGAGGCAACUCAGUAUUAUUCAUUGUUCCGUUAAGGAGGUGGAUCUAACUUCCGAGACUUUACCAAAUUUGGAGAGUCUUGACUUGAGUAAAAAUUCCAUAUCCUACUUGUGGGGGUUACACACUUUACAGAAUUUACGGACGUUGUGCUUGAGCUACAACAAAGUGGAAAGAUUUAAUAGGGCGACCUCGAGGACCACGGAAUUAAAAUCGGGAUUUUUCCCAAAAUUGUUAACUUUGUACCUGGACCAUAAUGGAAUUCGUACCCUGGUGGAGAUGAAUCUAGAAAAAAUGGCCGCACUGACGCACAUUUACCUGCAACAUAAUAAUUUGGGAGACAUUAACGGCAUACAAACGUGCGCUGCCAUGGAAACUCUCGUCCUUGAUUCCAAUAAAAUAUCCGCAAUUACCGAGGAGGACUUUCCUCCGAGCAACAAGAUCAAAUAUUUAUUUAUGGAGAACAAUCGCACGAAGUAUCUGUGCUUCGCGAAACGUUUGUUAAAAUUAGAGAAGCUCUUCGUGGCCAAUAAUAAAAUAUCCGAUAAGGGCCAGCUGAAACAUCUGAUGCCUCUGAGCGUGUUGACGGAAAUGACCAUCGUGGGAAAUCCUUUGUGCAAGAAGAUGAAUCACUAUAAACUUAUCUUGGAAAUCCUUCCUCUUCUGAGAACCAUCGACGGUUGCUCCGUUCUUCUCGAAGAUUAUUUAAUGGAGUAG